AUGGCCCUGUACGGCGCGCCGAUAUGGGCAGAUGCCCUGGACGCGUCGAGCAGGGCCCUCCUCCGCAGGCCGCAGCGCGUCAUCGCGACGCGAAUAUGCCGGGCCUACCGAACGGUAGGCCACGCUGCGGCCUGCCUUCUGGCCGGCACUCCCCCCUGGGAGAUAGAGGCGGCGGUGCUGGCCGAAGGCUACUGGGUGCGGGCUGAGCAGCUAGCCCGGGGCGACCUUCCUGCCCCGGAAGAGCUCGCCCGCGCCCGGGAGCGGAGGAAACGGACGACCGUGGAGCUGUGGGCGAGUGGCCUAGCGCGCCCCGAAUACGGCGUGCGCACUAUAGAGGCCAUACGCCCGCGGCUCCCGGACUGGCUCGGGAGGAGCCAUGGCUCCCUCACCUUCCGUCUGAAACAGGUGCUGUCCGGACACGGCUGUUUCGGGCGGUACCUGUGGAGGAUUGGAAGGGAGGAGACGUCGUCGUGCCAUGGGUGCGGCGCCGACGAGGACACUGCGCAGCACACCCUGGAGGUGUGCUGUGCCCACGAAGAGGAGCGCCGCACCCUGGUGGCGACUAUCGGAAGCGACCUCUCGCUUCCCGGCGUCAUACGCGCCAUGCUGGGAAGCGAGAGGUCAUGGACAGCGGUUGCCUCCUUUUGCGAGUCAGUCAUCUCGCAGAAGGAGGCAAAAGAGCGGGAGCGCGAGGGAGAUCCCCUGGCGCCCCCGAUCAGACGUAGGAGAGUGGGGCGGAGAAGGCGGCAGUAUAUUGCCGCCCUCCCCCUCCCACAAUAG